AUGGAAUAUCUCUAUGGGACUGUCUAUGGUGCACAAGGUUGUGCAAGGCUUGGACUGGUAAAGAACAGUAAAUUACACUUUCACUUAUUCCUUGUUUCAUUUCUUUCUGUCCCUCUGACUACUGGCCUGUUUUUCUUUUCUUUUUUUUUUUUUUCACGCAUUCCACUUUUCCCUUUCUUUCUCUCUUUCUUCUACCACUCUCUCUCUUUCUCUCUCUCUCUUGCUCUUAUGUAUAGUACAUCUCUCUUUCACUCUUUUUGCCCAUUUAAUCUCUCUCUUAUUUCAUCUCUCUAUUUGUACAAUCCACCUCUCUUUUUCUGUCUCUGUACUUUUCACAUCUCUCUCACUCAGUUUUGGCACAUUCUACAUCUCUCUAUCUCUCUCAUACUAUACAUUUUGUUUUUUUCUAUUUCUUUGUACAUUCCUCUUUUCUCUCUCUUUCUACAUUCCACUUCCAUUUCUCUCUCUUUUUAUAUUCCACUUCUCUCUCUCUCUCUCUCUUUGUACAUUCCACUUCUUUCUCUCUCUUUUUAUACUUUCCACUUCUCUCUCUCUCUUUAUAAAUUCCAUUUCUCUCUAUAUUUGUGCAUUCCAUUUCUCUUUCUCUCUAUGCAUUCCACUUUUUUCGCUUUGUGCAUUCCAUCUCUCUCUUCCUCCAUUUUACAUAUUCUAUGUCUCUCUCUCUCUCUCUCAUAUUUUGCAUCUCUUCUUUUCUCUUUCACACUCUCAAUUUAUUUUUUUCCUUUCUUUCCCUCAUCAAGUAUCUCUCCUUUCUAA